GCUCUGCAGUUACGAGUUACACAGAGCUGAGCGACUCACAGUCAACAAGUACGCCCACCUCUCCACAGAAGUCUACCAAACGCACGAUAUCAGGUCCUUGUAACCCACAUAUCUCAAAGACCUCGCGGCUCGCACGAUCAUGGAGAAUCUCUUGCGCUGGAGUAUCGAGCAUUCCACAGGUCCUAAUGGAGGACAACCCCCGCCCCCACGGCCUCGUCAAGACCUCGAUCCGGGGAUCAUCGAUAUGAUCCUGGGAAAACCCGACUCUCAGCUGAUGAAGGAAGCACUGGCCGUGGCCGUGGACGAGACGAAGGAUGAAGAUGAGCGGAUACAGGCGUUGGAUGAUUUCGAGAUGCUCGUUGAGAUGAUCGACAAUGCAAAUAAUAUUGAGAAGCUCAAUAUGUGGGAGCAACUGCACGCGCUUCUGACAUCACCGACUACCUCAGAAGGUAUCAAGAUACAGACACUAUGGGUCAUUGGAACCGCCGUGCAGAACAACCCAUCUGCACAAACGUCGUAUCUAGCACACUCUCCCAUGCCAGUCCUCCUUUCCUUCUUGGACCCUUCCGUAAGUUCCGGCAAGCUGAGAUCAAAGGCGGUCUACGCGCUCUCAGGACUCCUGAAGCACAACGCUGCCGCCGUCAAGCAGUUUGAAGAGGCCGGCGGGUGGAAGGUGCUCAAGGCAUGUCUAGAAGACUCCGAAAUCGCAGUCCGCCGCAAGACCGCUUUCCUCCUGAACACCUUGAUCGUCCCCACGCUCCCACCAGGGCCAGGACCCACCCACCCACCUCUCCCACCCUCCGUCUCCGAGUCAACCGGUCCUCCCAGCUCAGGCACAAGCAUGGCCCUGCACGCGUCCGCUGCACCCUCGGAAAGCGACCAGCAGCCCGUCCAUCCCAACUCGCACGCAGCGAUGCAAUCCGACCCCUCCUCCUUCGCCACAUCUGCUGCAGCGCUCAAGGCUCUCGAUGAGCACGGGCUACUGCAGGCGCUCAUCUCGGCCAUGGCCUCACCUACGCCCCACGGCCCCGACGGCGAGACUGAAGGCGACGCCGACUUUGACGAGAAGGUGAUCAGGUCGCUGCACACGUACGUCACAUCGUGCAAUGGAAAGUUCUCGGAAGAGCAAAAGCGCGACCUUCGCCGCCACAUGAAGACGGAGGGCGGCAAGGCGGGGAGUGAUUCGAAGCUGGCGGAGAAAUGGGGGUUGACUGUGGAUGAGCUUGGCCACUUGAAGAAGGCGAUUGAGUAAAGCAGAGACCCAAAAUGUACAGUACAAUUUAUCGUAAUACCUCGCCCACCAACGUUGUAUGCUCUAGCAACGCACUUUGUUCGUACUGAACGGUGUUCCAGUGACCAC